UCUUUCACUGAGCCCCUAUUGUUUUGUUCUAUCUUUAGCAACAUUUCUAAAAUUAUACUGCCACAUUCCAUUAGUCUCCCCCUCUUCUCUCCACAGACGUGUCUAGUAUCGCGGAGGCAUGCCAAAUCGCGAGAUUCAGAAGCUCACCAUCGUUCGACUGUCUCGACGAAGCUCUCGAAGCCAACUGGUCGCCUGAGGCAAUUGUCAACAACCCUCACGAGAUGUUCAUCCCAGUCUCCUUCUGUCUCGUGUCGCGACUGCCGCUUUUUGACAUCUUGCAGAGCUGCCUCAAAGGUCUGUACCUGAACUGGCUAAUCGGACUCCUCGCCACUCGAAGAAAUUGUCGCCCAUUUCCUAACUUCCUUCACCCUCCCUCCACUCAACUGUCUACCAAUCACGAAACCCAUUGGUCAACUCGGUGAUAUAAUUCUUCCUCCAAUUCACGAAGAGAGCUCGCUGCCCUAUACUUCCACCGGGGCUUUCAAACUCUUACAGAGCAUUGGUGUCCACAACAUGAUCCAUCUUCUCUCCACCCUCCUCUGUGACGUCAGCAUUCUCUUCAUCUCCUCCAGUUUUACGGCCCUCACGUCCGCCGUCCACACCGUCUGUUCUCUACUGCAUCCUCUACGGCUCUCACAUUCGCUGGUGCCUGUGGUUCCGGGCGGACUGCUUGAGAUGGUCCAGCUGCCAUCACUGUACAUCAUGGGCCUCCAUACCUCACUGAGGAAGAAGGUGUUCGAAGAUUUGGGAGACGUGGUGGAACUGAACCUGGACGACGGACGUAUGACCACGCCCCCCUCCGUCUCCAUUCCACUCCUCCCUCCGGCAAUGUUGGAACCGGUGCACCGGGCCCUGGCCAGAAUCCUCAACCCUAACAUUGAGUAUAGGGACUUGUUGUUUGGAGCCAUUAACACCACCACACACUCACUUCUCACUCACAAAUCUGAUGAACUCCAGGACAAGGAGGUUCGUUCGGUGUUCCUGUGUCUCCUGGUCUCGUUGCUAGGAGACUAUCAGCAGUUUGUGACUGUACUCCGAUUUCAUCCGUCACCUUCGUUUACCUUCAACAAGGAAGCCUAUCUUCACAGUCACUCCAGUGAAGACAGCCACAGUCUGCUGCAUAAGAUAGUCGACGGAAUCCCUUUCAUGGAUUUCGUCCAUUCUCGCUCCCUUCCUUACCGCAGAUGUGACCACUUCGAUGAGGUAUAUUAUAAAACACGCCACAUUUAUGGUUAUUUUGGUCACGAAAAAAAUUUUUGAUGGUUUGCUGAUCGUUGUAAUCUGUCUACAAUUUUUAGUGCAUACAUGCAUUAAUACAACAAUAAAAACAUUGGAAGGCAAUAAAAAAAAUUUUUUAUAAUCUUUCUAAAAUAUUUAGUGUGUACUAAUACAACAAUAAAAA